AUGGCAAGCCAUGGUGUACCUCGCACAGCGACCCGCGAGGAACGGACAGCAGAAGCACGGCAGAAGGAGUUGAAAGAAAUCGCCCAAUACCAACAGCUUGUUGAAGAAGUCAAUGCAAAGGUUGUGGCAAAGGAAUUUACACCUGCAUUACUCCAGCAAACAGCCCAGCUGCUAAAGAGGAAUCCCGAGUACUAUACCGUCUGGAAUCAUCGCCGCCGCAUCUAUGUCAGCGAAUUUGAGGAUCUUGCAAGACAGACCGGCUCCGGUGAAAUGGACGAGGAGACUCGAGUCAGCCAGGUUCUGGAUAUCAUCCAGCUGGACCUACAAUUUUUGUUUCCACUACUCCUCAAAUUCCCCAAAUGCUAUUGGAUAUGGAACCACAGACUAUGGCUCCUCGAACAGGCUACGGCUCUUCUUCCUGCUGCGAAAGCUCGAAGAAUAUGGGAAGAGGAGCUUGAAUUGGUAGGCAAGAUGCUCAGUCGGGACAGCCGAAACUUCCACGGUUGGGGCUAUCGACGAACUGUGGUGCAAAGUCUCGAGAGCCCAGCCUUACAGGGACAAAGUAUGGCGAGACAGGAGUUGGAAUAUACCAAGAAGAUGAUAGGAACCAAUCUGUCCAACUUCUCAGCCUGGCACAACCGAACAAAGCUCAUGCUCAGAAUCUUGGAGGAGGAGAAGGCAACGGAUGAUGAAAGACGAAAGAUGCUGGACGAAGAACUCGAAUUGAUACACAAGGCUUUAUUCGAUCCCUACGACCAGUCACUCUGGUUCUAUCACCAGAACCUCAUGUGCACCUUUGAUCUUGACCAGGCGUCACGGAGCAUGGCACCGAAUUUGUCAAAUGAGCAGCGGCUGGAAUAUAUCGCGUCGGAGCGGGAAUACAUUGAGGAAGUGCUGGAGGAUGCCGCGGAUUGCAAAUGGCCAUAUCAAGCGUUGAUCGAAUGUACAAUGCUAGAGAGCAAACUCAAGACCGGCUUAGAAGAAGAGGACCGGGAAAAGGUAGCCCAGUGGUUGGAGAAGCUCAAAGGCCUCGAUCCUCUGAGGAAAGGCAGGUGGAUUGAUAUGGAGCAGCAGCUUGACAAGCAACAAACGAGGCAUUAA